AGAAUAGUCGUGGCACUUAUCGGUUGAAUUGUGCAAUAGUAAACAAAAUGACUGACAAGACAGACGCGGAACAAUUCAAUGACGACGAGCUGGAGGCCCCGACUUGGCUGAAUCCCCAGUUUAUCGGAGAGAUUCUGAGCGCGUACGAAGAGGCCCCGGAACUAAAGAUGAUCGAUCUGAAGAUAACACCCGCAAGUUGCCAGGGAGAUCACUAUGCCAGUGUUAUGUUCCGCACCACAGCAGAGUACACCACCUCGCAGGGAAAGUUCUCCAAGUCCCUAAUCAUAAAGACGAUGCCGGAACAGGAGGGUCACAAGAAGGACAUGCUGAGGGAAUCGCACCUGUUUGAAACCGAGAUCGGGAUGUACUGUCAUGUACUUCCGGAAUUCGAGAGGAUUCUCCGCGAAGCAGGGGAUAAUACUAAGCUUUUUGUGCCCUGCAUCUACCACAGCCUGGAGCCUCGCAAGGUGAUGAUAUUCGAGGAUCUGGUGCCACACGGAUACUCCGUCAUUCGUAAUCGUCCUGUCUCUCAGGAGGAACUCAAAACAGCCUUCUCUAAGCUGGCCAAAUGGCACGCAGUCAGCAUGAAGCUAUUGAAAGAGAAACCAGCCUUUCUGGAGGAGUUUCAAUAUGGCCUUUUUGAUAUACCCACUAUGCAAAACGAUCCGUUCAUUACAACUGGCAUGGACAGCUUUAUCGAAAUGCUGGACAAAUUACCCGAGCUCAAGAAGUACAAGACUCAUUUUGAAAAGAUUAAAGAUUGCUUCCUGCAGCGCCUGCAAGUUGCAAUGCAGGAGUAUCAGAAAAGUCGGCGGAGUGAUGGGUACUAUGUCCUCUGCCAUGGCGACUUUCACCUUCGCAACAUGAUGUUCAAGUUCAACAAGGAGACGGGAGCCCACGAAGACACCAUGUUGGUGGAUUUCCAAUUGAGCAACCUUUGCCCCAUUGCCGUCGAUCUAACUUAUUCGAUCUAUAUGUUGAUGGAGCCGGAGCAGCGCCGUGAAAUGGGAAAGGACCUGAUCAACUACUAUUUCACGGUUUUGGUCGCCACUCUCAAGAGAAUUGGGUACAAGGGGGACAUGCCCACCCAAGCUAAACUCUGGGAGCAAGUUCAUCGGAACAAGUAUUAUGAUUUUUUUCUGAUUAGCACAUUCCUUCCACUGAUUUUGGCCGUCAAGUCAAAUAGUUUUAAAAUGAAUGAUCUGAUCGAAAACCCGGAAACUCGUCAAAAGACCUACUUUAUGGAUACUUAUGUGAAAGAUGUUACCAAUAUGUUGCCGAAAUUCGAGAAAUUGGGAUACUUUAAGGGUCUAUAGUUUUAAAACGCAAUAAAAGCAAAUUUGCAAAAGUGUUUCUUAUUUAAGUUCAUUUGUUACAAUAAUAAGUUUAUGCUUGAUAGUAGCGUAUUCAAAAAAAUAUUUUGAAAAGAUAGCCACAAAUAUGGUAUGUAUACAUACCAUAUGGUAUAUGGUAAAUGGUAUAUGGUAUAUGGUAUAUGGUAUGUAUACAUACAUAUUUAUUGGAUAUUCGUUCCACUUAAGUUCAAAAAAUAAAAUAUGUACAUAAGAAUAUAUUUUUGAUACAGAACGGUCACACCAAUGAAUAGAUACAUAGUUUGGAUUGUAAGCUUAUAUAUAAUAUAUAAUAAAAGACACUUCAACUGAGA